UCAACUCUUCAUUCCCAGCCUUUCACAAAAAUCAAACCAAAAAUAAUACCCAAAUUUCAAAUCGAAAUUCUAAAAACCUAUAAAAAGAAUUCCAAGGAUGAACCCGCUCACAGAGUGCGGGUUGGACCGCCACUUUGCCACCCAAGUGCGCAAUUUGCGCUUGUUCACGAGGGAACAUCCAAUCAGCCAGAAGGACAUCGAUCUCAGCCAGCGAUGGCUGGAUCACUUGCAGCAGGCCACGGGUCAGGACAAAUACGCCCGCAACUGCAUAAUGCUGAUGAUGAACGACCAGUUACGGGAGAUUGGACACUUAAGGAAGCCCUUCACCGAAAUGAAGAACGUGCAGCGCUGCAUGGAUGAUUUGCUAAAUGAGUACGACGGGGGGACGGUGGAGGAGCAGCCGAUGACGGCGGCCGUGAAAGAAGCCGAGGAAAUAAUGUCCACUGCCUCGAGCUAUGGCGGAGGAAGUAGUCGGUGUUCAAAAGAAGCUACCGUAAAGAAUCCCCUUCCCGAAUUCGACAGCGUGAAGCAGGCGAACCAGGACCUCCUCAAGGAGAUCGACUCGCUGCACAGCCGCACAGUCGAAGCGGAGCAGCACUACAGGAGCAGAAGCCUAAUGCUGGAGAAGAAGAUGGCCGAGAAAUUCAAGGUGGACCAACAGGAACUCCAACAGGAAUGUAUCUAUCAGGCCUGCCGUGAGGCCAUAGCUCUUUUAAAAAAUUGGUCGGGAGGAGAAAUGCCACUCAACUUCCUGGCCACCUGCUUUGAGCCCUUUCUCCGGAACGAACUGGUUACCAGCCCGCAGAUCUCGAAAUUGGAUUGCAGCUUGGAAGACAUUUUGAAUGGUAUAAUGAAUCAGGCUUGCGCGCGAAGAGAAAAGAACGUACGCAUGCUGUAUGACCACAUCCAGAAACAUCAGCAUGAGAUUCUCAACGAAAAGGAGGGAAAAGUCCGCCAGAUGCAGGAGUACUUGAAGCAGGAGCGGCAAAGGCUUCGAGUGCUCUCGGACGAUUUGAAACGCCGGGAAGUUCUAAUCUGGAGCCACCAGUCCGCAGUUACAGGACGUCCUCUUGAAGAGCCGUCCAGCCCUAGGAUCACGGAGUGUGAGUACUGUCUCUGGGAAAAGUCCUUAAAAGCAAGGCCAAUAGAUCCAACGUGCAGGAUUUGCCAACUGGAAAAAUCCAAGAGCGCCGAAGAGCUGGAAAAGUUAUCCGAUGUACUCAGCGAUCUGUCCGUCGACAAGUGGUAAUCCUCCUACGAAAAUCUCCUGCCCACACACAUUUCUAUAUAUUUUCCAUUUUCUUGUUCGAAUCAAUAAAUCGUUAAGUUGUUUUGAAAA